AUGUUCUUCUCCCUAAUCACCAUCCUGACACUCUCGACUCCUGUCCACUCCCUAUACUUCUACAUCCAUGGGCGACAGCAGAAGUGUUUCUACGAAGAAUUGCCCAAGGACACUCUGGUAGUCGGAAACUACCAGGCGGAAGUCUACAACCCCAACACCAAUACAUAUGCCCCCGAUAAGAGUAUAACCGUCACCAUCACUGUUGAUGAAGUAUUCGAUAACGACCACCGAGUUGUUUCUCAGAAGGGAGCCGACAAGGGACGCUUCACCUUCUCUACCGCUGAUGCGGGACAACAUAAGCUAUGCUUCACACCAGACUCGCAUGCCAACAGCGGAUGGCUCUCCGGAGCUUCGGGCCCAGUGAAGUUGACCCUUGACAUGGCCAUUGGAGAGUCCAACCACCUCGAGUCCGAAGACAAGAGCAAGCUUGACGAUCUAGUUGAAAGGGUUAAGAAUUUUAACGGAAGACUUCAGGAUAUUCGCCGCGAACAGGUUUUCCAGCGGGAGCGAGAAGCCCAAUUCCGUGACCAGUCCGAAGCUACCAACUCCCGCGUUGUCCGAUGGGCCUUGAUCCAAACUGCUGUCCUCCUGGCAACCUGUGCCUGGCAAUUUUCGCAUCUACGAAGCUUCUUCAUCAAGCAGAAGCUUACUUAA